UUUCUUGACUUAUCACUUAAUAGCCUUUUAUCUCGAGUACUUAGUUUUCUUCAUCUCAAUCGUCGUAAACACUACGCUUUUUCGUGGCGAUCAGCAGUGUACUCGAGUAUCGGAAUUUAUGCGUGUGAUGAAGUCCAACACGAUGUUUACUUAGGUGUCGUCGUCUUCUUUGUCGUAUAGUGCGCUGGAACGACUAUUUAUAAUAAUAAUAUACUAUAACGAUCGCUCUAGUUUAAGUAUCGUAACGUCAAGGGUGGACGAAUGACCUCCGUCGAAACCAAAUUCAAACCAACAAACACACUCCAUUAAAUAUCAUAAUACAAUAUUGUAUAUUGUUAUACAUGUUUUAAAUAAUUUUCGCCGAUCGAUUUUCUACGGUUAAACACGGUAGGACGACUGUCAUUCGAAUGACAUUGCAACUUCCGUCGUCGUCGCCGUCGCCGCCGCCGCUGCCGCUGACGACGGUGUGCUGAUGGAGUCGCUGGAGCGGUGGAUGCGGGUGGGCGGCAGCAGGACGCCGAGUAACGUGGUCGGCGAGGUGGUGGCCGGCGUGGGAGGAGGCGCGGCGGCCGCCGUCGGCCAGGCGCCAACGCUGGUCUCUGCCGCCGCCGCCGCAGCCGCAGCAGCAGCCGCCGCCUCUGCCGCCACACAGCCGACGCCCGGUGUCGCGGCGCUCGUCCGAAAGGGCCGGCGCCAUCUGAGCGCCACUUUCUGCCUGGCCGGCGACACCAUGGAGGGAAUCAUACAAUGCCUGGUCUUCCUCAAGGCAUUUUCGUUGGUUGGCGGCGAAUUCGACAUGGAAUUAAACUUUAUCAUACAAGACGCGCAAAACAUCCGACAUAUGUUAGAACUUUUAGACCAUUGUCCUCCGAACUUACAGGCCGAGAUAUGGAGCGUUUUCAUUGCUAUCCUCAGGAAAUCCGUUAGAAAUCUGCAAGCGUGCACCGACGUCGGACUAAUUGAGCUGGUCGUAAACAGACUAGCGCGUGCCGACACCGUCGUAGCAGAUCUUCUGAUUGAUAUGCUUGGAGUUCUUGCUAGUUUCAGUAUAACUGUAAAAGAGUUAAAACUACUACUGGGUUCAAUGAAAGCUAUUAACGGAAAAUGGCCAAAACACUCCACCAAGCUCUUGAACGUUUUGCGACAGAUGCCGCAAAGGAAUGGUCCGGAUGUCUUCUUCAGUUUUCCCGGAAAAAAGGGAUCGGCCAUUGUUCUGCCACCGUUAGCGAAAUGGCCAUACGAAAACGGUUUUACGUUCUGUACGUGGUUUCGACUGGAUCCCAUAAAUUCGGUGAACAUUGAACGCGAAAAGCCGUAUCUAUACUGUUUCAAAACGAGUAAAGGCGUCGGGUAUUCAGCGCAUUUCGUGGGAAACUGUUUGGUGUUGACUUCCAUGAAGAUAAAAGGCAAAGGUUUCCAACACUGCGUAAAAUAUGAAUUUCAACCCCGGAAGUGGUACAUGAUAGCCAUUGUGUACAUUUACAACAGAUGGACGAAAAGCGAAAUCAAAUGCGUGGUGAACGGUCAACUGGCAUCGAGUACAGAAAUGGCUUGGUUCGUGUCGGCCAAUGAGCCGUUCGAUAAAUGUUACAUUGGAGCGACGCCGGAACUGGACGAGGACCGUGUAUUUUGCGGUCAAAUGUCAGCCAUCUAUUUGUUUAGCGAAGCGUUGACAACUCACCAAAUAUGUGCCAUACAUAGAUUAGGUCCAGGAUAUAAAUGCCAAUUUCGUUUUGAUAAUGAAUGCCAUUUAAGUCUACCAGAGAACCACAAAAGGGUGAGUGAAUUUAAGAAUUUGAGCCAAACCCAGAAUUCAGAUAUUUCUCGCAUGCCCCAACACGCUGUCGAUAGUUCUGUUUUAUAUGAUGGUAAAUUGUCAAAUGCAAUAGUAUUCAUGUAUAAUCCUGUAGCGACCGAUGGCCAACUGUGUUUGCAAUCAACCCCAAAAGGAAAUGCAUCAUAUUUUGUGCACACACCACAUGCACUCAUGUUGCAGGAUGUGAAAGCUGUCAUUACCCAUUCCAUACACAGUACCCUAAACUCUGUUGGUGGUAUACAGGUGCUGUUUCCGUUAUUUGCUCAACUUGAUUUAUCCGCAGAACCUAUGGAUAAAAAAGAUGCUUCUAUAUGCUGGAAAUUAUUAGGUUUCAUUUGUGAUAUGGUUGAAACUUCACAAACUGUACAACAGCACAUGAUUCAAAACCGUGGAUUUCUAGUCAUUAGUUAUAUGUUACAAAGGUCAUCUAGGGAUCAUCUGACGCUAGAAGUAUUGGGUUCAUUCUUACGGCUCACAAAACACCUAGUCACCUGUCUUACACCCAACAAUGAGUUACUACUAAAACAGCUCCUCGAUCAUAUACUUUUCAAUCCCGGUCUGUGGAUAUACACACCAACUCAUGUACAAACUAGGCUUUACACGUAUCUGGCAACAGAAUUCCUCUCUGACACUCAAAUUUAUUCAAACGUACGGCGAGUAUCUACUGUACUGCAAACUGUUCAUACACUUAAAUAUUACUACUGGGUAGUGAAUCCAAGGAAUAAGAGCGGUAUAAUACCAAAAGGACUUGACGGCCCUCGGCCCGCUCAAAAAGACAUAUUGAUUAUUAGAGGUUACAUUUUAUUGUUUCUUAAGCAACUAAUGAUGUUAGGCGUAGGUUUAAAAGAAGACGAGCUUCAGAGUAUUAUUAAUUACUUGACGACUGUUUGUGAGGAUGAAAAUCUACACGAUGUUCUUCAAACUCUCAUGUCCCUUAUGUCUGAACAGCCAGCAUCUAUGAUACCGGCUUUUGACGUAAAACAUGGUGUACGAUGUGUAUUUAAACUAGUGGCAUCAGAAAGCCAAUUAAUUCGACUUCAAGCUCUAAAGCUCUUAGGAUUCUUCUUGAGCCGCAGUACGCAUAAAAGAAAAUAUGAUGUGAUGAGUCCUUAUAAUUUAUAUACUUUGCUGUCGGAACGUUUAAUGUUAAACGAAGAAACUAUUACACUACCCACUUAUAAUGUUCUUUAUGAGAUAUUAACCGAACGGAUUAGUCAACAAAUACUUUAUACUAGGCAUCCAGAACCUGAUAGUAAUUGCAGAUUAGAAAAUCCUAUGAUUCUUAAAGUAGUAGCUACUCUAAUUCGUCAAGCCAAACCAUCCGAGCAGUUAUUAGAAGUAAAGAAACUGUUUUUAUCUGACAUGACAAUACUUUGUAGUAAUAAUCGUGAGAAUAGAAGAACAGUAUUGCAAAUGUCUGUUUGGCAAGAAUGGCUGAUAGCAAUGGCGUAUAUUCAUCCAAGAACGUGUGAAGAGCAAAAAGUGUCUGAUAUGGUAUAUAACUUAUUCACUAUGUUACUUCAUCAUGCUAUCAAACAUGAGUAUGGUGGUUGGCGAGUGUGGGUUGACACUUUAGCCAUUGUACAUUCAAAGGUAUCCUUUGAAGAGUUUAAACUUCAGUUUGCUUUAAUGUAUGAACACUAUGAGCGCCAACGUAGUGACAACAUAACAGACCCACGUCUACGUCAGCAACGUCCAAUCAGUACCAUAUCUGGUUGGGAAAACCAACCUCCAGCACCACCCAUAAAUCAUUCUCCAUCUGAAACUCCAGAAUCUACUAUUAGUACACCUGUAGAAGACGUUCCAGCGCUCAAAGAAUGUAAAGAAAAAGACGAACAAGAGUUACUAACAAAUUCUGAAACUACAUUAAGAGAGAGUGAAAUUGAAAAUCAAGAACCAUUGAUUUUAAGUGAAACUACAAAACUAGAAACUUUUACAGAUAGUAAAAAAGAGAAUAACACCUUAAAAACCCAAACUCAGAGUAAUGAAUUAAGCUCCACAAUAGAAAUUGUAAAAUCAAAUGAAGAAAUAUCAAAAGAAAUUGAUAAUAAACUUGAAGAUGUUUUUAAAGAAAAUGAAAAUGAAAAUUUAGAAUCACCUAAUGAAACAACAAUUGAUGAAUUAGUCCCAACUGUAAUAGAAAACAAACAAGAUGUACUAGAUUUAAACGAGAAAAAUGAAAACGAUAUUAUUGAACAAGUUAAUGAUGUGAUUCCAUUAAAAGUGGUUGAAGAUGUAAAAACACAUUUGAAUAUCUCAGAAGAAAUUAAAAUGUUGAAUACUGCUGUCAAAAAUAGUAUUCAGCUAGACAAUUCAACAACUGAAAAAUAUUUGCAAGUUAAUGGUGACAUUUUACCUGUUGAUCAUGAAAGUACUGAACGUAAUUUUGAUGUAAUAAUUGAAAACCAUAUAGUAUCUAAUGGUGAAGACAUAGUAUCUAAAGAUAUUGAAAUACAUAAUAGUAUUAACAUUUUGCUAAGUGAAGAUCUUAAAGAUAAUAGUAUUACCGAAAAAGAAAAUAUUAAAAUUGCGGUAAUGAUUGAUUCAGGAUCUAAUGAAAGUGUGAAAGAAAAAAUAAAUGGCAAUGAUCUAAAUCAAGACAGUAUUAGUAACAGUAGUGAUAGUGAAACAAUCAUGAAUUCAGAAUGUUUACAGCAUGAAAUUAAUGAAAAUGGCGUAGAAAAUAAUAUUGAGCAAAAUAUUGUUGCUCAACCAAUAUCUGUGAUAACAGUUCAAACAUUUGACACUGUCGAUAGUGAUUGUUCAGAGGCAUAUUUAACACCAAAUGAACUUAAUGAUACACCGAAAAAAAAAUUAGAAAAAAUCAAUUUGAAUGCAAAUGAUCUUACCAGCAUUGUUAAUGAUGAUGUUAUGUCUCAAUUGAAUCCGUCCAUAGAGUGCAAUAAUGAAGUGGAAAUUCCGUCCAAUAACACAUCAGAAGCAAUCAUAGAACAACAAAUAAAAGAGGAGGAUAAUGAACAUUUAGCAGAAUAUGAUACUAAAGUUGAAGAAAAUGUUAAUAAAGUAGCAGACAAUUUUAAUAAUGUAGCAGAAAAUGAUAACAAAGUAGAAGAAAAAGUUAAUAAUAUAGAAGAAAAUAUUGAUAAAAUAGAAGACAAUGUUGAUAAUACAAAUGAAAACAUCCAUAACGUAAAUAACAAUGUGGAUAAAGUAAUAGAACAUGUCAAAAUUGUAAAAGAAAAUGAAGUUGACAUAGAAAAUGACAAAAUUAUUGAAAAUUGUAAUAAAACAGAAAAUGAGUGUAAAGAAGAUGUGAACAACGUAGCAGAAAAAGAAGAAACUAAAUCUAUACCAAUGACUGACAGUGUUACAGACAAUAUUAAGGAAAACAAGAGUCUAGAAACACCUGAACCUACUUCAGUAAAUGGAAUUGAAGACAAAAAAAGUAAAAAGACUGAGAAAAAACCAAUUGCUCCAAAUAUAGAUACGAGACCCAUGUUUAAUCCAGGUCCAUCCAGACCUCCCUUUAGAAUUCCAGAAUUCAAAUGGUCUUACAUUCAUCAAAGAUUACUAUCAGAUGUACUCUAUUCACUUGAAUCCAACAUUCAAGUCUGGAGAGGCCACUCGACCAAAUCUGUUUUGGACUUCGUUAAUGGAGCCGAGAAUGCAAUUUUUGUGGUCAAUACUGUACAUUUGAUCUCACAGUUGUCAGAUAACUUGAUCAUAGCUUGUGGUGGGCUAUUACCAUUGCUUGCAUCUGCCACUUCACCUAAUAGUGAGUUGGAUAUUAUGGAACCUACCCAAGGAAUGACAGUCGAAGUGGCUGCGUCCCUACUACAAAGAUUAGUCAACAUGGCUGACGUGUUGGUAUUUGCUAGUUCUCUCAAUUUUUCUGAAUUAGAAACAGAAAAGAACAUGUCAAGUGGUGGAAUACUACGACAAUGUCUACGAUUAGUAUGCACAAAUGCCGUGCGUAACUGUUUAGAAUGCAAAGAACGUAGUCGUUUGUUGGUCUUACCUUCGCAACCAAAUAACCCUAAACAGUUACAUUUGCAAUCGCUUAUACGAGCUGGUCAAUCAUCACCUAAGAGUUUAAUUGAUGGUUCCACAAAUCCCAUACGUGAUCCAGAAAAACUAUUACAAGAAAUGGAUAUUAAUCGUUUGCGUGCAGUUAUUUACAGAGAUGUGGAGGAAACCAAGCAAGCACAAUUUUUAUCAUUGGCUAUUGUUUAUUUUGUGUCUGUGCUGAUGGUAUCCAAGUAUAGAGACAUAUUGGAACCACCGACAGCAAUGUUACAAAUACACGGGAAUGCUCAAACAAACAAUAACCAAACCCGAUCAGAAACUCCGCCAAAUUGUCAUGGUACAAGACCGUUGUUUCCUCAAUGGUCCCAUCAUGUCUAUCCUCAAUUCCUACCUCCGUCUCACUCGAUAGAUCCACAAAUGCCCCAUAACUUCGGCCACCGCAACAUUAUGUCACAUUACGCUGCGCCCUCGUUAGGACAACAAGAUGAGGAAGACUAUAAUAUGAUGAUGACAUCAAUGGAUAAUUUGAAUCAUACAUCACAAGUGCCAAGUAUCCCGUGCAACAAGAGUACAUGCUCUGAAGAAUUAGCAUCAACAAGCUCAGCUGCAUGCAGUGAUGCUGAAAGCAAUGAUACUGAUGUCAAAGCUAGUACCAUAGCAUCUGCUCAUAAUGAAGAAGCUUGGACCGAUGUAAAUCUUAAUGAGGACUCUCAGUCUAACAACGAAGAUGACGGAAGAAUACAUAGAGAUAUACGUGGAGACAAACCGCUCAGUGAAAUAUCUGUGGUCAAUGUCCCAACAUCGACUACGCAAAACGUGAACAUGCAAAAUCCUGGGCAUAACGUUGAAGAUUUCGGUUUAAAAAAUGUAAAUUUGCCCCAUCAGACGCAUUUGCCCAACCGAGAGGCGUCUCUUACACACAAGUUGGAAGCAGCACUGGGUUCCGUGUGCCCCCUUUUACGUGAAAUAAUGGUUGACUUUGCUCCGUUUUUGUCUAAGACCCUUGUUGGUUCUCAUGGUCAAGAAUUGCUAAUGGAAGGCAAAGGAUUGACGACAUUUAAAAACAGUCAGUCGGUCGUCGAACUAGUAAUGUUGCUGUGUUCUCAGGAAUGGCAAAAUUCGUUACAAAAACACGCUGGUCUUGCUUUUAUCGAACUCAUUAACGAAGGACGAUUAUUGUCACAUGCCAUGAAAGAUCAUAUCGUCCGCGUAGCCAAUGAAGCCGAGUUCAUAUUGAACAGGAUGAGAGCUGAUGACGUAUUGAAACACGCCGAUUUUGAAGCCCACUGUGCUCUGACAACGCUGGAACGCCGCGAAGAAGAGAAAAUGUGCGAUCACCUGAUAACGGCAGCGAGACGUCGCGACAGCGUGGUCGCAAGUCGCAUUCUGGACAAAAUCUGUAACAUAUUGUCCAAUAAACACGGUGCUUGGGGCUAUCUACACGAGAACAUUCCCAUAAGAAUGUCUCAGUUUUGGAAAUUGGACGUGUGGGAGGACGACGCGAGGCGGCGCAAACGGUUUGUGCCCAAUCCGCGGGGAACGACCCAUCCGGAAGCAACUUUAAAGGCUGCAUUAGAACACGGUGCACCGCAAGACGCUAUACUACAGGCCAGAGAAGAAGUUUUUCACGCUCAACUGGUGGCUAUGAGCACCCAAAGCGGUCCGGGCAGUCAGUCAUCCGACCUACUCGAUGAUUCGGAAUUAAUGACUGAUGACAGAGAACUAGACGCUGACCUCGUUGGGCCAGUAAACAUCAGCACAAGAGCGUCGUUAAUAUCGGCUGGAGUUGUUGCACCUGGUAUCGUGUCCAUAACAUCUGCAGAAUUGUACUUUGAGGUCGACGAAGAUGAUCCUGAAUUCAAAAAACUCGAUCCCGAGGUGUUAAAAUAUUGCGAUCAUUUACACGGAAAAUGGUACUUUUCAGAAAUCAGGGCAAUAUUUUCGCGCCGGUAUUUAUUGCAGAACAUCGCCAUCGAAAUAUUUAUGGCCAGCCGAACAUCCGUGAUGUUUUCAUUCCCUGACCAGAAUACAGUUAAAAGAGUCAUCAAAGCAUUGCCCAGAGUUGGAGUUGGUAUCAAGUAUGGUUUACCGCAAACUAGACGGGCGUCCAUGAUGUCUCCCAGGCAAUUGAUGAGAAACUCGAACAUGACGCAAAAGUGGCAGCGCCGUGAGAUAUCCAACUUUGAGUAUCUAAUGUUCCUAAACACCAUAGCCGGACGAACUUACAACGAUUUGAACCAAUAUCCAGUUUUUCCGUGGGUUCUCACUAAUUAUGAAUCGACUGAAAUGGACCUCGGUCUCCCAUCCAACUACCGCGAUCUAUCAAAACCCAUCGGAGCGUUGAAUCCCAGCCGCAAAGCCUACUUUGAGGAGCGGUAUGGUUCUUGGGAAAACGAAAGCAUUCCGCCAUUCCAUUACGGUACCCAUUACUCGACUGCGGCUUUUGUACUCAAUUGGCUGAUCAGAAUCGAACCAUUCACCACGAUGUUUUUAGCUCUGCAAGGUGGAAAAUUCGACCAUCCCAACCGAUUGUUUUCAUCGAUUGCGCUGUCUUGGAAGAACUGCCAACGAGACACUUCAGACGUUAAGGAAUUAAUUCCUGAAUUGUUUUUCCUGCCCGAAAUGUUGUCCAACGACAACGAGUACAAGUUAGGACAUCAAGAAGACGGUACCUCGGUGGAUAACGUCGAGCUGCCGCCGUGGGCUACUUCGCCCGAAGAGUUCAUCAGGAUCAACAGAAUGGCUUUAGAAUCCGAAUUCGUAUCGUGUCAACUACAUCAGUGGAUCGAUUUGAUAUUCGGAUACAAGCAGAGAGGACCGGAAGCCAUAAGGGCGUCCAACGUGUUCUACUACUUGACAUACGAAGGAAGCGUCGAUAUGGACACUAUAACCGAUCCGAUAAUGAGGGAAGCCAUCGAAAAUCAGAUACGUUGUUUCGGUCAGACGCCUUCACAGCUGCUGAUGGAACCGCACCUGCCCCGAAGUUCGGCUAUGCACAUCUCGCCGAUGAUGUUCACAAGCAUUCCUGACGAUGUGUGCAUGACCAUGAAGUUCCCGUCCAAUUCGCCGAUUUGCCACAUAUCGGCGAACACAUUCCCUCAGCUACCUAUGCCUGCUGUCGUAACCGUGACUACCAACAUGCAGUUCGCAAUAAACCGAUGGAACACUAACUAUUCCGUGACCAUUCAAUCGCCCAGUUACGCCGAAAGCCCUCAGCAGCCAAACGUAAACUUACCUCUGGUCAUGGAUCAAAUUUUGACUCAAUCAAAUAGCAAUAUGAAUGUGACAUUAAAACGCCAUCUAGGGGACAACUUUAGUCAAAAAUUAAAAAUCAAGUGGAACUGUUUUGUUACGACAGUAGACAGUCGUUUCUUGAUCGUUUGUGGUUUUUGGGACAAUAGUUUCAGAGUUUUUUCCACAGAGACUGCAAAAAUUGUUCAAAUUGUAUUUGGCCAUUAUGGAGUAGUGACGUGCUUGAGUCGCAGUGAAUGCAACAUUACUUCAGACUGUUACAUUGCAAGCGGAUCAUCCGAUUGUACCAUUCUAUUGUGGCAUUGGAAUGCGAGAAGUCAGACGAUAGUCGGGGAAGGUGAUCAUCCGACUCCUAGAGCCACAUUAACAGGUCAUGAACAACCAGUCACUUCAGUGGCCAUCUCUGCCGAACUUGGAUUGGUCGUAUCUGCGUCUUCAGGUGGUCCGGUUCUUGUUCACACAACAUUUGGUGAUCUCCUUAGGUCGCUAGACCCUCCUAAUGGUUUUGAAAACCCUGAGUGUGCUGUCAUGUCUCGAGAAGGCAUAAUUGUUGUAAACUAUGAACAUGGUAGCAUUGCAGCAUUUACAAUCAAUGGAAAAAGACUGAGACAUACUACACACAAUGAUAAUAUCCAAUGUAUGUUGCUAAGCAGAGAUGGCGAGUACUUGAUGACUGGAGGUGAUAAAGGAAUUGUUGAAGUAUGGAGAACAUUUAAUUUAUCAUUACUCUACGCUUUUCCGGCUUGCGAUAGCAGUGUACGAUCAUUGGGACUCACACAUGAUCAAAAAUUUUUAUUGGCCGGACUGUCUACUGGAUCGAUUGUUAUAUUCCAUAUUGACUAUAACAGAUGGCACCACGAAUUCCAACAGAGAUAUUAAUCAACUCUACACUUGUAUUUCAUACACACAUAUAUAUAUAUGUGUGUGUAUGUAUAUUUAUAUACUAUAUUAUAUAUAAAUAAUCAUUUGAAUUUAAAUUCAUUAGUAAUAUUAUACAAAGUUGGAGCUCAAUGUAAAAGUAUUAUACUUGACAGUAUAAAUGUAUGCAAUAAUUUGAUCACUUUAUAGGUAUAAAUGUAAUGUAUCAUUGUGAUAUUGUUUGUUGUACGUCUUGCAAUAAACAAUGUUUAAUGUGGACAGUUUAUAUUUUAACACAUGAUCAUCUUUGGUUGUUUACUUAAGUGACUAAUUUAUAUUUAUGUUCAAAGGAAAAGAGUGUUACCAAAUAUUUACAAUUUUCUAUUGAAGUUUUAUUUGUUUUCAUAGUGAUUUAUGUCGGUAUUAAAUAACAUAGUGAGCGAUUAAUUUCUGUUAAUAUUUUAAUAUUACAAUUUCACUUUGUUAGAAAUUUUGGUUUUAAUCUUAUUCAAGUUUUUUUUUUCUAAACUACUUUUUAAAAAUGUGUUUGAGAAUUUUUUUAAUUAUUUGAUGUGUGUAGUUUAUUAUUUUUAAUCAAAAAUCGUUUUUUUUAAAUAUUAAAACGAUAUUUUUUAACACUUAAAAAAGUAAUCUUAUGUUAACUAAAUGUGAACAUUAGUUUAAGAUAAUCGUUUAUUACUCAUAGGACUAGUCAAUAACUUAAAGAUAUGAUAUUAGUAUAUUAAUGAAUUUUAAUAGUACUAUAUCAAAACUACUAUGAUUGAAAUGAAAUACAUUCCAUUUAACUAACAAUUCAUUCCAAAAAAAAAAAAUUAUAUUUUUGGGGUAUAAUUUUUUUACUCUGCAUCAUUGUGAUAAUUUUAUUCAACUUCCGUCGAUUUCAAGAAAGUAUUUAAAUGCGAAUAAAUGUGUAAAACCAUACUCGCCAUGUUUUGCGUUAGUGUUAUUACAAACAGUAUUUUUUUUAUUAUUUUUUUUAACUGCAUUUACGAAUUGCUAUUAUUUACAAUUAAUAGUUAUUAGAACUAUUUUAUUAAUAUUAAUAUUAUUAUAUUACAACAAAACUGUGCGCAUAAAGGUUUUGUCGAUAUUGCCAUUUAUUAUUAUAUAUUAUAGGUAUAUAUUUGUGUAUAAUAUUGCUAUUAAUCCAGUAAAAUGAAUUGAAUAAUUACUGUGAUAUACCCCAUUUUCAAUAUGUGUAUAUUUUUUUUUCGGUGCCUAAAAAUAUUAACACUUAACAAUUCAUUGAAUUUCAAACUUAAUAUUGUAAUAAUACUAAUGAAAUAUAUUAAAUAUCUAUAUUACAUCAUGUUGGUUGCACGUAACUUGUAUGAUACUGUUGUAAAUUGUAGUAGUUUUAUAUUAUAAAGUUAUGAUGAAUUGUAUUUAUGUUUUAUGACCAUAUUUACAUAACAUUAUAUUUAUUCAGUGCUUAAAGAACGAAGCGUUUAAGUUGUGUGCCAACCACAUCAGUGAUGCGUUGAAAAAGCUCAUUUAAAUAUUUACGUUUGUUGUGUGUGUAUAUUAUUGUGUAAUAAUAAGAAACCAAGGUUGUGGCCGGUUCAUUUCUUUUAUUUGUAUUUUUUUUUCCUAUUCUUGAAAGAUUUUGUCUUGAGCCAUUUUAAUAAUAACAUAACUAUAAUGUGUAUUUAUAUAGUAUUAUUAGAUCAUUGUCAAUUUCUUUAUUAAACAUUGUUUAGUACUUAAUUUUAUUAGGUAUAUCAUACGUCAUAUAUAUACAUAAUAUUAUUACAUACGUUUAUAUAGAAUGUUAAUGUCAAUCAAACCCCUAAAUGUAACAAAGUUAUUAUUAUUGACAGUAUUGUGUAGGAGAAAGUAUUGUUGGUUUGAAAAGUUUUUAUGAAUAUUACUUAUAGUAUUAUUCUGAAUUUAUUGUUUCCUCUGUGUAGUGUUAUGGUUACAACCAUUCUUUUUUUUUCUAGCAAAUUUUUGUUCGUUUUAUACACUUAAAAUGUUUAUUUUAAAUAUCAUGUAUUAUUAUAUUUAUUUAUUUUAAAGUUUUACCAUUGUAGAUGAUACAAUAAGUCUUUUAAUUUGUGCAAUACUAGAAUUUUCAAAUUUUAACCACUGAUACCCUAUUUUAAUAUAGGUAAUCAUAUUUAUUUGGUACCUAGAUUUAUGUAUAAAUAUAUUAUUAUACUUUUUUUGUUAUUUUAUUUUAUUUAAAAAAUAUUAAAUUAAUGGGUUUUAUUAAGUAUUACACAAACAAAAUUUACCACAUAGUUAUUAAUAAUAAUUAUUUAUUUAUUAAUAUUGCAGGUACAUAUGUUAUUAUUAUUUUUUUUUUUUUUUAGUUUGUUAACAUACUAUUUUCUUAGUAUUUUAUUGCACUGUUGUAUUAGACAUAUUAUUAUUUUAUU